CUGUGGUAUUUAUUUUGUGGCAUCGUUAUUUUGUUUGUAUUUUGAUUUUCUUAAUGAAAACAUGGUUAGAAAUGGUGUACUACCGCCUGCUCAAUCGGGAGAAUUCAUUAGUGAACGGUCACGUCAUGUUAAAAUUCACUCGGAGGGCAUAGAAAAGUUAUGCGACGAGAUUUUGUCAUCUCUAAAAGACAACAAGCUACAAAUACCUGAAACUAACACCGACAGCAUCCAUCCAAACAAAGAUCACCCGCAUGCAGUUGACUGGGUGUUUGUAACUGAUGCACUGAACUUCUGCUUCUGGUCUAGGAAUAAAGAUGAGCAGUGGACUGUUGACGGGCAUACUGGGUACUUUGCUUUGGAGGCAUCCUUACACAGGGCUUUAAAGGAAGGCUAUGACAUUACAAAUCCAGAAUACUAUUCUAAAAUAACACAAGAAGACCUAAAGCAUAUAUUCAGAGGUGACACAGAUGCUGAAAUUCCUCUAUUUGAUCAACGAAUAGCAGUAUUACACGAAGUCGGCACAAUACUAAUAGAAAAGUAUAAUAAAACAUUUGAAACUUGUGUGAAAGAAGCAAAUAAGUCUGCUGUUAAACUGCUCAAUAUCGUUGUUGAAAAUUUUCCAUGUUUUUGUGAUGAAGCUCUUUACGAAGGAUGUAAAGUAUCAUUGCAUAAAAGAGCACAGAUUUUGGUAGCAGAUUUGUGGAAUUUUCACGAUGGUAACGGAUGGGGAGAGUUUCAUGACAUUGAUAAGUUGACAAUGUUCGCUGAUUACAGAGUGCCACAAGUUUUGGUUUAUUUUGGUGCUAUGAGCUAUAGUGACGAGCUGAUGGACAAAUUGAGGAAUGAUAUCCUGCUACCAAGUGGUUCUCUUGAAGAAGUAGAAAUCCGAGGUUGUUCCAUCCACACAAUAGAACUGUUGAAGCAAAAACUAAUAGACAGGAUAACCACAGACAAACUAAACGUUGAGGUCCCCAAUUCAAGUUUAUUGGACUAUUAUCUAUGGUGCUACAGAAGGAAACAUGCAACGGAAAUGGAGAAGAUCCCUUACCAUAAGACGUUGGGUAUUUAUUACUGAUAGUCCAUUAACUUUGUAAGACAGGAUAAGGUUAUCCAUAGACAAAAUAAAUGUAGACACUUCAAAUUCAAGUCUUUAGAAUAUCUAUGGUGCUACAGAGGGAAACAUGCAACGAAAAUGGAGAAGACAUUUUAGAUAGGUAGACCUAAGUAGGUAGUUAGGUUUAAUGCACCAAAUAUGUACCUACAUAUUAUAUUAUAAUAUUGGUUAUAAAAAUGUAAAUAAAAUAACAUAAUUUUUUUAAAGGUAUAAUUGACAUUUUCAUUUCUAUCUAAAAAUCGAAAAAAAAAUUUAGUACACCAUGUUUAAAACAUUAAAAAAUGAUAUCAAUAAAAGUUAAGACUAAAU